AUGCAAUUUUCGAUCAAGUUUUCCACUCUCGCCGUGGCUGCUGCCUUGGCUGCUCGGGCUGUCAACGCAGGGCCUGCUGUAGUUCCAACCUAUCUCCUCACCGAUGAGCAGUUUAAUCACUGGCUCAACACGACCGACGCCAACAUCACCUUUGUUGGCUCCUCUCGCGAAGAAUUCUCCAAGCGCCAGUCAACCUCCGUUACCUACUGCAACAAGCGCACCGACGAUGUCUGCGGCGGUACUUGCAACGUAUACACUGGCGGACCGACGUGCAUCGAUGCCCCAGGCACGGCGUGCAUUUCGGCGACGGGGAAUGUCGGAUUCUGCGACAGGGCGGGGUGUGGACACAGUUGUAACCAGUUUUCGUCCUGUGGGACGAAACUGGACGAUGGCUUUUGUGCCACGCCUGGGACACAGUCUAUUAACGUCGGGAACUGA